GAAGGUGUCGCGAUGACUCUAUGUGCCCAAUUCAACCCAUAAGACUAAAGCCCUAUCCUCUUUCUUUCUCAUUCUCAGGAAUCGCGAUUGCAGCCUCUCUCUCUCUCUCUCUUCUCGCUCUUGGUCCACCCCUCCUCACUAUGUUUUUUUAUCAACCCUAAAAUCCCUGCGUAUAAAUCACGCGAUCUCUCUCUACUUGCUAUCAUUGUGUUGUCAAACAAAAAAGAAGAAGAAGAAGAAGAAGAAGAAGAAGAAGCAGGUGGAUUUCAUUUUCAAAAGACGAUUUCACUUUAGUAACGAAAUUGAGCGAGACUGCUGAACAUUUUCAAAGACGCAAAGCAAUAGAACAGGCUACUGAACAUUUCAAAAACCAUGUACGGAUCCAGAGGGGCAAUGUUGGGAAGCGGGGGGGUUUCGGAUGGGUACGAGGUCGGCUCAAAGAGACAAAGAAUGAUGGAAUCAAAUCCCUACUUCGCAGUGAGCAGUGGUCCUAGUGGUUUUCAACCCUACAGCUACGGUGGUGGAUUUCAGCCCCCUGCCUUUCCUGUGGUUCGUCUGAGGGGGCUUCCUUUCAACUGCACUGAUAUAGACAUCAUCAAGUUCUUUGCUGGACUGGACAUUGUGGAUGUGCUGUUGGUCAAUAAGAAUGGACGGUUCUCAGGAGAGGCCUUUGUCGUCUUUGCAGGGUCCAUGCAGGUUGAGUUUGCUUUACAGAGAGAUCGACAGAACAUGGGGCGUAGGUAUGUGGAAGUUUUUAGGUGCAAGAGGCAGGAUUAUUACAAUGCUGUUGCUGCAGAGGUGAAUUAUGAAGGGAUCUAUGACACUGAUUAUCAUGGAAGUCCUCCACCACCUAAAGCAAAGAGGUUCAGUGAUAAGGAUCAAUUGGAAUACACUGAGAUUUUGAAGAUGCGGGGGCUCCCAUUUUCUGUGAAAAAACCUGAAAUAAUUGAAUUUUUUAAAGAAUUCAAACUGGUUGAAGAGAGGAUACACAUUGCGUGUCGCCCAGACGGGAAAGCUACUGGAGAGGCAUAUGUGGAGUUUGUUUCUGUUGAGGAAGCUAAAAGGGCCAUGAGCAAAGAUAAGAUGACAAUUGGUUCAAGGUAUGUUGAGUUGUUUCCUUCAACACCUGAUGAAGCUAGAAGAGCAGAGUCAAGAUCAAGGCAGUGAAGAAUCAAAGGUGGCUAGGGAUUCGGUGCUGAUUUUUGGUUUAAGUUUUAUGUUCUAUCCAGCUGCUGUUCACUUCUAUCAUUACAUGAAUUAGUUGUGAUGCUAAAGCUUACUACCUUUUAGGCGUUACGCUUAGAAUAUUCAUAUACCUAUUUUUUCAAUGUUGUAUUUAAGUUUUAAUAUGGGGACAAGUGACACUGUGAUCAUGCAAGCAGUUAGUUUGUUAGACUGCUUAUGAUUCUGGAUUGGUACUCCACCAGAAAUUAUCAGGUUAGAUGAAGGAAGAUACUGCUUUUCGAGGGCUUUGUGCAUAAAGCAACCAUGUUUGUCAUCGUCUUGUUCAAUUUAUCAUAUAAGCAACCAGUGGACACAGGCCUUAACCUGUA